AUGACGACGUUUAGGUUUUGCCGGGACUGUAACAAUAUGUUGUAUCCCCGCGAGGAUAAGGAGGAGCAGAGGCUUUUGUUUGAGUGCAGAACAUGCACCUAUGCAGAGGAAGCAGGUACGCCUUUGGUUUACCGGCAUGAGUUGAUUACGAAUAUUGGUGAGACUGCGGGUGUUGUUCAAGAUAUUGGGAGUGAUCCGACGCUACCGAGGUCGGAUCGAGAGUGUCCCAAAUGCCAUUCGCACGAUAAUGUAUUUUUCCAGUCUCAACAGCGGAGGAAAGAUACCAGUAUGGUUUUGUUUUUUGUAUGUUUGAGUUGUUCUCAUAUCUUUACGUCUGAUCGGAAGAAUAAGAGGACUACGUUUUCGUAA